AUGGAUGCUGAGGAUGGAAUCCCUGAAUUGCUGAGAGAAACUCUGGAUCACCUCUCCAAUGAUGACUUCAAGCGCUUCAGACACUGUCUGGAUGACCUGAAAAUAAUCUCGUGGGGAAAAUUGGAGCAGGCUGACAUAACUGAGACUGUUAAGUUGAUGCAGAAGCACUUCAAGUCAGAUGCUGGAACCACUAUGCUGGACAUCCUAAAGAAGAUAAAGCACAGUGAAUUGGCCGAGCGUUUGGAGAAUGGUCUGAAAAGAUUAACUGUGAACGGUCAGCCUCACAUCCAGCCUCAUUCUCAGCCCCAGAGCCAGAGCAAGAGUCAGACUGAGCCCCAGAGCCAGACCAUCAACCAGACCCAGAAUCAGUCCCCGAACCAGUCUCAGCCUCAGAAUCAAAACAAAAACCAGAUCCAGACCCAGUCCCAGACCCAGUCAGUGGUAAUAAACACAGCGCCUCAGGUUCCUUCUGGAGCAUGGAGUCGUCCAUCUACUGUGAUAAACAACAACAACAUCCUCAAUGCUCCCCCCCAGUGGUCAUAUGAAAAACCUAAAGGUACAAAGUGUGGUACCAAGCGAUCCAGAGCGGCAUCAGAGGAGAAGCCAUCUAAAGCCAAGAAGCCUAAGAAGGCUGCCAACCAACCCAUGGAGACACCAGUGCCAGGCUGCAGUUGGCAGACUGCAACAGCCAACCAGCCGAAGAUGGCAGCAGCACCAAAGAAACCCAAGACAGCAGCACCUAAGACUGCAGCAGCCAAGAAGCCCAAGAUGGUACCAGCACUGAAUACCGCAAUAACCAACAAGCCCAAAAAAGCAAAAGUGAAAAACCCUGCAGCACCCAAACAGCCCAAGAAUCAUACACCCAAAAAACCCAAGAAGGCUGCAGCACCCAAAAAAACCAAGAAGGUUGCAGCACCCAAAAAGCCCAAGAAGGUUGCAGCACCCAAAAAGCCCAAGAAGGUUGCAGCACCCAAAAAACCGAAGAAAGCUGCAGCACCCAAAAAACCCAAGAAAGCUGCAGCCAAGAAGCCAAAGGGGCCCAAAUCCACAAAGAGAAAGUAGCAAGACACACACGGCAGUGUAUUUUAUAAACAUACUGUCAGCUGUACAUUUCUAUAUCCGAGGAUUUGGAGGGUCUGAAAUGAUACUACAUGUCAUGUUAA